GAGACGACCGUAGCCACGCUGUUCAAAGUUCGCAAGCGGAGGGAGAUGCUUUCCGUGCAGGUGUGCUUCAUCUGCAGCGUGCUGCUGGUGGCGUGGAGCAUGUCAGCGCUGCUGACAAAGACAGGCCACGGGAUGUUGGUGGAGGGCCAUCCCCAACAUGAGCACUGGGGGAGGAGGCUGAUGGCCUCGGCGCCAGACAACGAAACGGAGGAAAAGAACUGCACAGCGCCAGCAAUACACGAGUUCCCCGAUGACCUUUUCACCAACGAUGAGCGAAAGAGCGGGGCUGUUCUGCUGCACAUCCUGGCGGCUCUCUACAUGUUCCUGGCCCUUGCCAUCACGUGUGAUGACUACUUCGUGACGUCACUGGAGAAAAUCUGCGAGAAACUAGACCUGAGUGAAGAUGUCGCCGGAGCCACCUUCAUGGCAGCUGGCAGUUCUGCACCAGAGCUCUUUGCCUCCGUCAUUGGUGUCUUCAUCACUCACGGUGACGUCGGGGUCGGCACCAUCGUCGGCUCAGCAGUCUUCAACAUCCUCUGCAUCAUUGGCGUCUGUGGAAUCUUUGCUGGACAGGUCGUGGUGUUGACCUGGUGGUCGGUCUUCAGAGACUCCUUCUACUACAUCCUCGCCGUGGUGGCUCUGAUCGCGUUCAUCUACGAUGACAAGAUAGUUUGGUGGGAGAGCUUGGUGCUGGUUUUGAUGUAUGUCGGAUAUAUCCUUGUCAUGAAAUUCAACUCCAGCAUGCAGAGGUUCUUUUCUGGGAAGGGGAACAAGAAUGUGGCCAACGGUAAUGCGGCAGCCAGCAGUGAGAUGGAGGAUGUCAAGCCCAGCAAGGCCUACAGUCGGGGUUCGGUGGUGAUGGUGGAUGAGAUCAUGAAUGCCAGCCCGCCCAAGUUCAGGUUUCCAGAGGCGGGCCUCCGCAUCAUGGUCACCAGCCACUUCGGACCCAAGACCCGUCUACGCAUGGCUAGUCGCCUCAUCAUCACAGAGCGCCAGAAGUUGGUCCAGGCUGCCAACGGUGUGGAGACACAAAUGGUGGACGGAAAGGUUGAGAUUGAAAAUGGAAACGUGCCAGAGGACAAACCGAGCGAGGCGGAAGAAAACGAAACCGUCUCCCCCUUUCAUAUUCCAAGGGGCAUUGGCAGCAAGUUCAAGUGGUUGAUUUCUUGGCCCCUGCUGCUGCUCCUGUUCUUCACCGUCCCCAACUGCGGCAAGCCUCGCUGGGAGAAAUACUUCAUGCUGUCCUUCAUCCUCUCCACCGUCUGGAUCGCCGUCUUCUCCUACCUGAUGGUUUGGAUGGUGACUAUAAUUGGCUUCACACUGGGCAUCCCUGAUGUGAUCAUGGGCAUCACUUUUCUGGCAGCCGGCACCAGUGUGCCAGACUGCAUCGCCAGUCUCAUCGUUGCUCGGCAAGGGCUUGGAGACAUGGCGGUGUCCAACACUAUUGGCAGCAACGUGUUUGACAUUCUGGUGGGACUCGGCGUUCCCUGGGCUCUGCAGACCAUGUGUGUCGACUACGGAUCAGAGGUGAUGAUUAACAGUCGGGGGCUGGUGUACUCGGUGGUGCUUCUGCUGGGCUCGGUGGCUCUGACGGUGUCGGGGAUUCACCUCAACAAAUGGCGGCUGGAUGUGAAGCUGGGCGUGUACGUCCUGGUCCUGUACGCCGUCUUCCUGUGCUUCUCCAUCAUGAUCGAGUACAACGUCUUCACCUUCGUCAACCUGCCCAUGUGCCUGGACGAGUAG